GAGGAAGUCACCUUUGGAAGUUCAGUACGGCACACCUGCCAGUGAAAACAGAGACACCGCCGCCGCGCUGCCGUAAAGGAACAUGGCAAUAACCGUGGCCAGCAGCACCUUGCCGCAGCUCAGCCUCAAUGGACUGAAAUGCGAAGAUGUCAAGAGAAAUGGCUUUCACAGCAGGAGAGAGACAAGGGGCCAAGGGACUGCUGUCGCCUCCAAGCAGCCCAGGCAGGAGUCCUACGAGCAGGCCCCGAUGUACGUGGCUGUCAUGACAUACCUGGGCUUCGGCAUCGUCACGCUGUUUGGCUACUUCAGGGAUUUCCUCCGCGCUGUGGGCCUGGAGAAGCGCCACAUUGCCCAGGAAAGAGAGGAACAAAAAGAUUUUGUACCACUUUAUCAAGAUUUUGAGAACUUUUACACACGAAACCUGUACAUGAGGGUACGAGACAGCUGGAACCGACCAGUCUGCAGUCUGCCAGGACCUGUGUUUGACUUGAUGGAGAGGGUUUCUGAUGACUACAACUGGACAUUCAGGUUAACUGGGAGGACAAUACACAAUGCCAUCAACAUGGGCUCCUACAACUACCUUGGUUUUGCUGAGAACAACACUGACUUCCUGAAAACCGUAGCAGCCAAAACGCAGCAGUAUGGAGUUGGGGUUUGCAGCACAAGGCAGGAAAUUGGUACCCUGAGCAUCCACGAAGAGCUGGAGCAACUUGUAGCUAAUUUCCUCAAAGUGGAGUCCUCCAUGACUUUUGGGAUGGGUUUUGCCGUCAACUCAAUGAACAUUCCAGCAAUCGUUGGCAAGGGGGGUUUAAUACUGAGCGACGAGCUCAAUCACACAUCACUCAUCUUGGGGGCCAGACUGUCGGGAGCAACCAUCCGGGUGUUCAAGCACAACAACAUGCACAGUCUGGAGAAAAUGCUGAAAGAGGCAGUUUGCUCAGGGCAGCCACGGACUCACAGACCGUGGAAGAAGAUCCUCAUCAUGGUGGAAGGCAUCUAUAGCAUGGAGGGCUCAGUGGUGCGACUUCCUGAGAUCAUCGCCCUGAAGAAGAAGUAUAAAGCCUAUCUGUACGUGGACGAGGCCCACAGCAUCGGGGCAGUGGGGCCGUCGGGGAGGGGAGUGACCGAGCUGUUCAAUCUGAACCCAUCAGAUGUGGAUGUGAUGAUGGGCACCUUCACCAAGAGCUUUGGGGCUGCUGGAGGCUAUAUCGCAGGCAAGAAGGACCUGGUGGACUACCUCCGAGGCCAUUCCCACAGUGCAGUAUAUGCUGCGGCCAUGUCCCCUCCUGUCACAGAGCAGAUCAUACGUGCCAUGAAGUGCAUCAUGGGAACCGACGGCAGCACAGAAGGCAUUAGACGGGUCCGCCAACUGGCAGAGAACACCAGAUACUUCAGGGCCAGGUUGAAGGAGAUGGGCUUCAUCAUCUACGGCAAUGAUGACUCACCCGUGGUACCAAUCCUGCUUUACAUGCCUGGCAAAGUGGUGGCUUUUGCUCGAGAAAUGCUGGAGAGGAAGAUUGGUGUAGUGGUAGUCGGCUUUCCAGCCACUCCGAUCACAGAGGCCCGAGCUCGCUUCUGUCUGUCUGCAUCGCACACCAGAGACAUGCUGAACCAGGUUCUGCACCAUAUGAACGAGGUGGGGGACAACCUCUGUCUGAAGUUCUCACGACUGAAAUAUCCGUCUUGUCCUGACCUCGGUGAUGCGACGGACUGAAAUGACCCUUGACGCCUUCAUUUCACAGUGUCAAAACGAGGCCUGGGUGUCCAUGCCACAGCAGACCUGUAAACACACAACGCAGACUAACACCCAUGUCUUACAGCAGAAGAGGGGCCAAAUGCAGCUGUUUUUUUUACAUUUUUCUUUUACAUUGCGAUUUAACAGAAUACUCCCUUGUGCAUCGGAGAGUCUCUAUAUGCACUAUUUAAAUCCUCUCAUUCUUAAUACAUUUUAUUGUGAGUACACAUGAAAUUAUUGUACAAAAGUUGCUGAAUGGGUCACAAACUCAGGUGCAGUAUAUCUGUUUAUAUUGAGACCAAAAACUCUCGCUUUAGAAGCUUUUUUAGUUAUUCUAUUAAUUUAUGUUCAUGUUCAGACUUUCAAAACUUGUUAUGGAUUAUUUUUUUUCUUCUCAUAAUGUAGCAUCCACCUUUGUGUAAAAGAAAUGCUGGUGGUGGAUAUUAUCAGAGAAUGGGGCACAGUGUUCAUGUUUGAUUUGAGUAUGAAGUAGUACUUUCACGUGUAAGACUGAAUUGCCAACAUGUUGAAUCUGCUGACUUCUAUUUUUUUUUUUUUUUCUUUUGGUAAAAGAACAAUGUUGCACAUGAAAAUGUCCUGAAUGUGUUUUUAAAUACAAAGGUUGAUUAAUUAUCCAGAUGACAGGCUCCUUUUGGAGCUGUCUUUUCCUGACACAUGAUUAUUUAAACAUCUCAUGGAGGAACAGAUUGAUGUUGAUGACGGUGCCUUUGUUGCGUUUCGUAGUGAACUGUUUUUAUAAACCUUCUCUCUUGAUCACGCAGCAAUUACUCAACCACUGUUCAAUCCAGAGAAACCCUGCACAGACUAGGAAAGAUGCUACGGCUUGUUUUGUGGCGAGACUGCUCAUAUCCACCGAGUCUUAACAACUUAAUUGAUGAUGUUUU